AUGGGGUCGAUACCAUACUGCGAUCACCAUGGCUGGAACUGGGAGUCGGGACAGGGUCCUUCUCCGUGCAUGGGAGAGACGGCGUCGUUCCUCCUGGCGUCCAGCGUACUCCUGUACACGAUCCCGCUGACGAAGGACACGCUGCACCCGUUCCAGAGAGCCGCCGCGGCGGGCAGCACCGCGGCGCGCGUCCACGCGGUGCAGAUAACCCUCGCGAUCGUGCAGGCGUCCAUAGCGCUGGUGUGCGGCGUGCUGUUCGUGAGGCCGAGAGGGAUGCUGUCCGGGGCCAACUUGCUGUACAGCAUGUCGUGGACGGCGGCCUCGUGCACCAUGGCUGUCGCCCUCCAGCGACACCCGGACUGCUCGAAGACGCUGAUCUGGUUCUGGUGCGGGGCGCUGGUGGUAAACAGCGUCGUGCUCUCCAGCCUUCGCCACGCGUCCGAGGUCUCCGGCCACCACCUGCCGGCGGAAAUCGGGUGCCUGAGCUGGAUGUCCUUCUUCGCCAACGCGGUGCUCGUGGUGCUGCAGCUCUUCAAGCCCGAGCUGGACGACACCGAAGGCGUGUACGUACGCGUGGUGGGUCGAGAAGGGGUGGUGCCGUCAGCAUCGUCCGCCAACAACGGGUGGCAAACGUUCUGGGCCGGCGGCGGUGACACCUUCGACGUUGCGGCUACCGCCGUGUCCGGUGACGACCGCAACACAAAGAGCGGCAGCAGCAGCAGCAGAUGGUGCUGUUUCGGCGGUCGGCGAAGGGGCGGGGACGACGACUUCGAAGGCGGCGGAGCAUGGCCGAUUGCCGGCGGAACAAACGGCCGUGGCGGCACCCUCAACGAAUCGCUGCUCGGAAUUAUCGGUUUAGACGAUCAAGAUCGGGAGUUUUCAUCGCCAAGCAAGCCCGAAGCGGGCUGGAACAACGGUGGGGGUGGGUCUAGCCAAAGGCGAGCUCGAGCCGGGGGUUGCUUCAGGCGGGUGGGUGGCUUCUUUUCUUCGGUCGUCGAUCGAGGGAACAAAGCGGCAUCAGCGGCAGCGGAGCAGGAAGAGGGGAGGGCCGGGGGCGGGGCGGGAGCGAGCUGGCUGCAACGACAAGACUCCCCCUUCCGGCGAAAGCUUUGGGGGGACGGCGGUUUUGCGAGCGCGACGACCGUUACACGAGCCAGCGCCCAAUCGGCACUCAGCGCAGGCUCCUCCUCCUCCUCCCCGCCCUCCUACUCCGGAGCCGCUUCCAUCGGUGUCCGUGCCCCCCCUCGGGUAGCGGCGCCGAUCUUCGGCGUUGCCGUGACUCGCUGGAGGCUUGUGGACCUGGACGGCGAGCCGUUGGCGCACGGGUCAUCCUCGGGGGACGUUGCCUGGACGGACCGCUCCCGCAGUGCUUCGUCGUCGUCCGCUCGCACGGCUACUACGCUCAGCGCGUCGGAGGCAACGUUGACGGGAGUUGGAGGAGGAGGGGGAGGACGGGCGUCGUCGAUGGUGGAGAGCCGUUUCAACGACCACCUGGACCCGUCGCUUGCGCUAGACCCGAACGACGGAGCGAGGGUGGGCGAGCCCCUGGGGGUGCAGUUCGAGCUGGUGGUGCGAGCGAGCGGCAGAGGGGAGAUGGACUGGUGGGGACGCGGAGACUCUGCCGAGCCCAGCAGCCCGGGGGCGGGACACAUCGGCAUCCACCCCCCGCACGGGCCUGCCCCGGCGACGCCCGGGACCGGGGCCGGGGACUGGCGUGUCUGGCGCUCAGCCGCGGACACGCUCGCGCUCUACGACGCCCUCGCCCUCCGAUUCGGGCAGGAGUUCUGCGGGCGCGUGUCACGGCCGAAGUUGAAGACAACGCUACCGUCUUCUGCGGCGGGAGCGAGCGGCGUUCUGAGCGACGAUAGGUCGGGGUCGCCGCCGCGUCCCUCUUCCCCGGACUCGCCCCCGGCGCUGAUCGUGGCGUCCGCUGCUCCUCACCGCGUGGACAUGUUGAGGGACGCCAAGACGGUCGGAGCGUUCUUGAGGAGCCUUUUGGGGCUGCGGCAGUUUCUCAGCACGGCCGUCAUGGACUACCUGGCGCAGCCGGCCCCGGCCUCGCUCCCCGCGGACGACCUCUCCGCCAACGGCGGCGGGGGGGCGGAGGCGGGCUCCGAUCACGGCUCGGACGGCUACUUCACCUCCGACGACCUCCUCGUCAACGACGACGACGAGCGAGGGUCGAGGCACACAACAGCCAGCACGUCGUCACACCACCGGCGACCUUUCUCCUCCGGCAAGGCUGAUGGCGGCAGUGGUCCCUCGGCCGCGGGACAGGCCGUGGCGGGCGCGGCGCUGGCGUCGGACUACGGGACCUGGCUCAAGCGCCUGGCGGUUAGGCUGCGGCGCGCGACCCCCGCCGGGGAGCAGUUCGUUCGUCUUCGGUGCAUUAGCCCCGCCGUGACGGGAGAGCAGGUAGUCCGGUGGCUGAUGAGAGAAAAGGUGUGCAACGGGGACCGCGCCAGCGCCGUCCGGCUGGGACAAGACAUGGUGUCUCACCGCUUGCUGGCCCCGGUGUGCGCCGGCUACCACCGCCCAGAAGAAGAAGUUACCGGCGGUGGGGGCGACAGCAGCAGCGGGAAAGAGCCAGGAGAGCUGCUUCGCUCCUUCGACGACGCCGUCGGCUGGCUCUUCGCUUUCGUGGGGGACGCGCUGAGAGACCCCUUCGCGCCCCCGCCGCCGACCCAGGUCGCGGUGAUGAGCAACACCGGCGUCGACGUGAGAGUUACGAGCUGGACGGAGACUUCCGAUGACGACGGAGCGCACGUGAGCUUCGUCGUGCACACCCGGGUCGAGGCCACCCAGGAGGCGUGGGAGUCUCCGAGAAGGUACCGAGAGUUCACGCAGCUCCGGAAGCGCCUGCUGAGGCUCGGGAUAGACAUUCCCGCGGCCGCGGCCGCGGCGGUGGCCAGAAAUGGCGAUGACGGCGGCGGCGGCGGCGGUGGACUCGCGCCGGGGCUGCCUAGGAAGACGUGGAGGGCGAACAAGUUCGACAAGGAGCACCUUGAGAAACGCCGCGCAGCCCUGGAGGCGUACCUGAGGGCCGCUGUUAAGGAGGCGUUGUCGGCGCCUCACUUGUCGGGGCACCUAAUGAUGCGCUUCCUGGAUCCGGACGAGUCCAAUCUCCGAGUCCUGUCUGAGCAGCGGCGGCAGCAGCAGCGGAGCAGGAAUCCGUUCGCGAGGGCGCACAACAGCCCUCCUUGCUCCCCGAGAGGAGGAACGCCGGGAGGGCGGCGGGGCGUUGGCGGCGGGGCGGCGGCGGCGGCGGCUACCGCGGAUGUCGGGAAUGAGAGCGUGGGAGAGAGUUUGACGGAGGAGCGAACGGAAGCAGAGGACUUCGACUUCUUGACGGAUUCGCUCGGGGGCUUCGGGUAA